AUUCCUCCGCAUUCGGUGACCAUGGAGCCGUUUCACCCUCGAGAAUUAACGCUUACAUCUCUGUCGAAUUCUCUCGCGAUAAGAUCUAAAUGAUCGUGAACGCUCUUGGGUUGUUACUCUGCGAUCUCCAAGGUUCACACGAGGCUACACGAGCUGUGGUCGCGGUCGCCCAUCAUGGAAGACCGCAGACCGGAAGUGUUGAUCGUGUCCAUUAUCUUCUUCGUUAUCGCCUCCGUCUUUGUGGCACUGCGCUUCAUCUCGCGGGUUUUCAUUGUUAAGAAAGUCGGGCUACAUGACUAUUUGAUGCUGUUGGCAUGGGUCAUCGAUUUUGGCUUCUCAUUCUCCUUAUUUUAUGCCACGAGAAAAGGCCUGGGUCUCCAUGAUAACGACAUAGCUCUUAGUGACCGGUACAGCCUCAAUCGAGCCAAUUAUGCAUUCACGGUGUUAUAUAACCCCGCGUUGAUGGCCGUCAAAAGCUCCAUCCUCGUCUUCUACCUCACUUUAACCCAAGGGGAGAGGGUUUUCCGUUGCGCAAAUUAUGUGACUCUUUUCGUCGUGAAUGCCGCCGGAUUGGCGCUCACACUGGUCAACGUCUUUCAAUGUCGUCCCGUUGGAGCGGCCUUUUCCUAUCCCCUGGCCCCGAAUGCACACUGUACCGAUAUCCUCACUCUAUACCUUUCUUCCUCUCCGGUGAACAUCAUUACCGACCUAGCCAUUCUCUUCUUGCCAAACCCCAUCUUAACUCAAAUGCGUCUUCCGCGGAAACAGAAGAUCAUUCUUGUCAUCACCUUUAGCUUUGGUUUCUUCGUCGCUGUAGUCGAUGUAAUCCGCAUUGCCUACCUUCAAAAUGCGGCUACAUCACGCCAAAUCCUGCUGAGAGAGAUCCACCUGCAAGAUGCAAGCGGUGACGACCUGAAUUGGUAUGCUUCACUUUCAUUCAUGUGGUCGGUUGUCGAGGUCAAUGUGUCGGUCAUGUGUGCCUGUGUGCCUAGUCUCAAGCCUUUAGUAGCGCGAAUCAUCCCAAAGAUGAUCCGGGACACGGACGAUAGCACGACCGUGCCAAAUGCCCCCACGGUUGGGCCCCUAGAUAUUCCGGAUAUCCCAGAUAUUGCUGAACCUGCGCCCCUUCCAACUAUCCCAGGUCCCAACAUGCGACGACACUCGCAGUCCGCCAACCAUAGUAAGUCCUCUCCGUCAGGCAGUGGUAGCAGUGCCAGUCGGAGAGAGACGGGCGGUCCAAUCGAUAUGAGAGAGUUCCUGAUGGGCAGUGACCCACCUCCUCACGAUGCGGAAGCGAAUACAACCCUCACCACUACAUCGUACCUGCCUAGCAUCACUUUCUUCGACUUUGUCAAUAUGAAGAAACCAGCGAAUAUGCUGAAGCUCAGCAACAAGGAAUCCAUUGCGCCGAUCUCCCUAACCACGAUCUUGUUUUUCUUGUGGGGAUUCGCUUACGGGUUGCUGGAUAUUCUCAACGCACAAUUUCAGGAUAUUGUUCGAUUAGAUGCCUGGCGAUCGUUGGGCCUGAACGCUGUUUACUUUGGGGGGUAUUUCAUAGGCCCACCGUUGGUGGGCCGCACGGUGCUGAAACAUUGGGGGUUCAAGUCGACUUUCAUCACAGGCCUGUGUAUUUACGCUUGCGGCACUUUGAUAUUUUGGCCCUCGGCUGUCCUGACUUCGUACUCUGCCUUCAUCGUCUCUAACUUCAUCGUCGGCUUUGGAUUAGCAGUAUUGGAAACCGCCGCCAACCCAUUCAUAGCACUGUGUGGGCCCCUAGAGAAUUCGGAGAUUCGAUUGAAUAUCUCGCAAGGUGUCCAAGCGAUAGGAAGCGUAGUUUCGCCGCUUUUAGCGAAAAAGGUCCUUUUCAAGAAGGUGACCGACGUUUCUUCUCUGGUUGAUGUUCAAUGGACUUAUCUUGGCAUUGCGUUAUUUGACGUGCUUCUGGCUGUGGCUUUCUAUUACUUACCAAUCCCAGAGGCAUCGGAUGAGGAUCUUCAGGAGCUAGCAAACCGGCGUCGGAGCGACAACAUGACCCAGGUCGCCGGGGUUCCAGUGGUCUGGUUAACCUUAGGACUGGGGGUGUUUUCACAAUUUUUCUACGUCGCCGGACAGGAAAUAAUUUCGCAAAGUUUCACCGUUUUCGUCGAAGAUGCCUAUCCCAGUUCUCGCCUUAGCUCCUUUGAUUAUCUGACCAUCGCUCAUUCUAUCUUUGCGGUUGGUCGUUUCCUUGCCGCCUUUCUGCAAUUAUUCCUGAAGCCACGAUGGAUUUUGCUUAUAUCGUACAUUGGAAUGAUAGUUUUCUCCAUACUAUGCAUGAAAACGACGGGCGUCGCGGCGGUUGCCAUGGGUCUCAUGGUCUACCUCUUCGAAAGUGGUGCAUUUAGCAUUAUUUUCGCUAUCUCUCUCCGCGGUACAGGCCAACAUACAAAGACCGCUGCAACGCUUCUGACGACGGCGAUCAGCGGAGGUUCCUGCUUUCCGUUCGCACAACAUGCAGCCAGCCUCGCUGGGGGCAUGUCAUUCUCGUAUAGUGUCCUCGUUGCUGUCUUCUGCGCUGGUGCCAUCUUUCCGGUGUACUUGAACCUAGUACCUGCCGCAAAGAAGCAGGUUGACCCAGUACCAAACGAACACCUCCGCCGCCCACGUCGCCACCGCUCUAAGCCUAAUAUUGUCGAGCGGGAGAAGGAAAACCCUUCUGUGGGCGGAGUUUAUUCACGGCGGCGAAGCGUCCUGUCGGACCUGCUGCCAGCGGUUACACUUUCUGACCAAUCGUCAUCCCAACCCGACCUGGCUAAUAAUGGGCACCCCCGCUCAGCUGCCCACGGUGGCCUUCAACAUGACUUGGCCCCUUGGCCCGAAUCAUAAUGCCUAUCUCGCUUUCAACUGUAUGUUUCUUUGAGGUGUUUCUUCUUAUGUGAUACCCUUUUUCGCGAUAAUACCAUUUAAUUGUCUGUUACGGUCUGCUCUUGUUAUCUUGGCACAGCGAGGCGUUGAGGGAAAAAGGUUUAGGCAUACUUAUACAGGGGUGCCUCUUGAGAUAGGUCAAUGCGCUGUACGCAUGUACCGGAUGAUUGGACCGAGAUACGGAGUAUUACUUCGAUAGUUGUAUAUACCCGAAGUCU